AUGAUUAUCCACCUCGUCACAUGUAUCCACUUCGGGAUCUCGUUCUUGGAGGGAUUUAAUCCGCACCACGAAGAAGCCUGGAUAUCCUCCAUAAAUCUAUGCUUGAGCAGAUUAAACACGACGCACUUGGAAGACUGCAACGGCACAAUGUUCGAUGAAACGUUGGGUUUUCACGAGCUACAAGCGAUUUCUUUCUUGCAAUACUCGCGCUCUCUUUACUACGCAGUAGGUGUGCUGGCAUCCCCCGGGAAAAGCGUGAAGCCUACCACAGACAUGCAACUAAUAGCGGCAGUUAUUCUCAUGUUGAGUGGAUUUUUGAUCACGGCGAUUGUCGUGGAUAAUGUGCAGAAACGCUUCACAGCCUCAGCCUUCGAGCAGAAGGAGUUCUUCGCUACAAGCACUCGAAUCCAGCUCUUCCUGCGUCGCCAGAGCGCCCCGUUAGCUAUCCACCACCGUGUAAAAUCCUUCUUGGAUUAUUGGUGGUCUUCCCAUCGAGGUGCCGUGAUUGGCGAGCUUCUUGCAGAUCUCCCACGCCCAAUUCGACUCAAUGUACUGAAAAGCAUCUGCUUGCCGGUGUUACAGACGCUCGCUUUGUUGCAGAACGUGCGCUCAGUGCAGGAUAAACUGGAAGAUACUAUGGUCGAGAAUACCAAGUUUAUUCUGUACGGCCAAGGAGAAAUCGUGUACCGACAUGGAGACUCGGUGGUCGGGAUGUUUUUCUUACUGGAGGGACAAGUGUACAUGGUGGAGAAGGGGGACUCGUCUCGUGAGAUCCCUCGAGGCUCGUUCUUUGGCACUGCAGUGCUCACACAACUGGAGCGAGGAGAAGGCUAUACGGAGCAUGUGAGUGCCAACAGUGGCUGCAUUUUACUAUUGGUGUCUCGAGACCAACUUCAGGCGAUGGAGCUAAUUUUUCCGACUCUCAAGGAGGAAUUCCUCGCACUGGAACAACGACUGCAAGGCAAUAAACUGGCGACUACGCAAUCUGUCGUCUCUGUACACGACCCAGAUUCUCCGUUUGUACUGGCGUGGGAGACGUGGGUGUUCGCCGUGAUGACACUUCAGUGGGCUCUGGUGAUGCUGCAAGCGUGUUAUCCCAUGGAAAGUAAGCACAAGGUCGCGGACGCGUUAAUGAUUUUUCUGGAGCUUUCGUUUGUCUUGGAUAUUCAGAUCCGUUCUCGACUUGGAUAUUACGAAUUCGGAAAUAAAAUCAUGGAUCCAGUGCGCAUCAAGAGAAAAUAUCUACGAUCCGGAACAUUGAUGUUGGAUAUUCUCGCGCUGAUCCCGUUUUUUAUCGUCAACUUGGCUGUACCCUCAGAUAAACGAUGGGAUCUUCUCAACGUCAACAAGCUCCUGCGCUUGUUCAAAGUCCCGAAACAAUUCCGCGCUCUGGAAACGAAGUAUCUGAAACACACGACCGAAUUGCGACUAUUUAAGCUGCUGUACUACACCUUCAUGCUGUCGCACUUUUUGGGUUGUAUCUGGUUUAAUUUCGCAUCCAGAGCGGCUGUUCCGAGCUUUGCCAGCGUCGAAGCGAGGACACCAGCGUUCGGAGCCAACCACUGGCUCCCCUCGGAGCAGCUGGAGCACGGCUCGCAUGUCCUGCAGUACAUGGCGUCGCUUUCCCGAAAUCCACGGCCCAGUGUUUAUUCAGUGCUGUAA